CAUAUCAAAGUGCAUGAAGGCAGAGCAGAAGGAUAAACAGCAGUGUGAUGCCGUCCUCAUUGUAUGAAUUAUAUUUAUACCAUGAGGGUUUGUUUCCUCUCACUGCCCACAGUGUCCUGAUGGAGAGAGCAGACUCCCCUGUACCCAGCAGUGUGAUGCCGUCCCCAUUGUAUGAAUUAUAUUUAUACCAUGAGGGUUUGUUUCCUCUCACUGCCCACAGUGUCCUGAUGGAGAGAGCAGACUCCCCUGUGCCCAGCUGUGUUUCCCUGAAGAGUGACAGGUCAAUCGGAAUUCCAAUUAACUUCAGAGAGGGACCUUUUCCUACAGAUCAAAGUGUCCUGAUGGAGAGAGCAGACUCCCCUGUACCCAGCAGUGUGAUGCCGUCCCCAUUGUAUGAAUUAUAUUUAUACCAUGAGGGUUUGUUUCCUCUCACUGCCCACAGUGUCCUGAUGGAGAGAGCAGACUCCCCUGUGCCCAGCUGUGUUUCCCUGAAGAGUGACAGGUCAAUCGGAAUUCCAAUUAACUUCAGAGAGGGACCUUUUCCUACAGAUCAAAGUGUCCUGAUGGAGAGAGCAGACUCCCCUGUGCCCAGCUGUGUUUCCCUGAAGAGUGACAGGUCAAUCGGAAUUCCAAUUAACUUCAGAGAGGGACCUUUUCCUACAGAUCAAAGUGUCCUGAUGGAGAGAGCAGACUCCCCUGUACCCAGCAGUGUGAUGCCGUCCCCAUUGUAUGAAUUAUAUUUAUACCAUGAGGGUUUGUUUCCUCUCACUGCCCACAGUGUCCUGAUGGAGAGAGCAGACUCCCCUGUGCCCAGCUGUGUUUCCCUGAAGAGUGACAGGUCAAUCGGAAUUCCAAUUAACUUCAGAGAGGGACCUUUUCCUACAGAUCAAAGUGUCCUGAUGGAGAGAGCAGACUCCCCUGUACCCAGCAGUGUGAUGCCGUCCCCAUUGUAUGAAUUAUAUUUAUACCAUGAGGGUUUGUUUCCUCUCACUGCCCACAGUGUCCUGAUGGAGAGAGCAGACUCCCCUGUGCCCAGCUGUGUUUCCCUGAAGAGUGACAGGUCAAUCGGAAUUCCAAUUAACUUCAGAGAGGGACCUUUUCCUACAGAUCAAAGUGUCCUGAUGGAGAGAGCAGACUCCCCUGUGCCCAGCUGUGUUUCCCUGAAGAGUGACAGGUCAAUCGGAAUUCCAAUUAACUUCAUAGAGGGACCUUUUCCUACAGAUCAAAGUGUCCUGAUGGAGAGAGCAGACUCCCCUGUGCCCAGCUGUGUUUCCCUGAAGAGUGACAGGUCAAUCGGAAUUCCAAUUAACUUCAGAGAGGGACCUUUUCCUACAGAUCAAAGAGACCAAAUGGAAGAAUGCAGUUCAGAUCUACAUGAUAAAUCGGAUUUAUCAGCCAUAUCGAAGUCACUACAGGAAAAAGCCGUAAAGUUCCUAAAGGAUGAGCUGAAGAAGUUUGUGAGGUACCUAGAUCAGAAUUACCCAGAAUGCUCUGAGCCUCAGCUGGAGGAGGACAAUGACCUGGACAGUGAUGGUCAGAUGCAGAAAACCUGUGGCAGAGAGGGAGCUCUGAAGAUCACACUGUACAUCCUGAGGACCAUGAAGCAAAAUGAUCUCGCUGACAUGCUGGAGAAGAGACUCAUGCUGCAAUAUCAGCGGGAAAUCAAACGUAAACUUAAGAAGCAAUUUGAGUGUGUAUUUGAAGGGAAAGCUAAGGAAGGACAGCCAACACUUCUCAGUGAGAUUUACACAGAACUCUACAUAACUGAAGGUGGGACUGGAGAAGUCAAUGAUGAACAUGAAGUGAGACAGAUUGAAACAGCAUCCAAGAAAAGGCGAACAGAAGAUACUACAGUCAAGUGCAAUGAUAUAUUUAAACCCUUAUGUGGGCGUGAGACACCUAUCAGAUCUGUACUCAGUAAAGGGGUGGCAGGUAUCGGGAAAACAGUCUCUGUGCAGAAAUUUAUUCUCGACUGGGCAGAAGGAAAAGCAAACCAGGAUGUUCACUUCAUAUUUGCUCUUCCUUUCCGGGACCUGAAUUUGAUUAAGGAUGAAUACAGUCUGAUUGAACUGCUUCACCGCUUUGUCCCAGAACUGAAAUCAUUUCAAUCCAUUGAGCUGUUUAGGUACAAAGUCUUGUUCAUCUUUGAUGGUCUGGAUGAGUGUCGCCUUCCUCUAGAUUUUCAGAACAAUGAGAGCUGGUUUGAUGUAACAAAGAAAAUGUCACUGGAUGUGCUGUUGACUAACCUCAUUAAGGGGAAUCUGCUUCCAUCUGCUCUCCUCUGGAUAACCUCCCGGCCAGCAGCAAGCAAUCAGAUACCUCCUAAGUGUGUCCACCGGGUGACAGAGAUACGAGGGUUCAGUGAUGCCCAGAAGGAGGAGUAUUUCAGGAGGAGAUUCAGUGAUGAGAGCCUGGCCAGCAGGAUUAUCACACAUGUGAAAUCAUCAAGGAGCCUCUUCAUCAUGUGCCACAUACCUGUGUUCUGCUGGAUUUCAGCCACUGUCCUUGAGAGGCUUUUUAGUGAGACUGACAGGGGAGAAAUUCCAAGGACUCUGACUGAAAUGUACACACACUUCCUGAUCUUUCAGGCGAGUUUAAAAAUAGACAAAUAUUCGAAAAACGAUGAAACCAAGCUUAAUGAAUACAGCAAGGAAUUCCUUUUGAAACUUGGUAAACUGGCUUUUGACAACCUUGAGAAAGGCAAUCUCAUAUUUUAUGAGCAAGAUCUGACAGAGAAUGGCAUUGAUGUCGCUGAAGCUUCAGUUUACUCUGGAGUGUGUACAGAAGUCUUUAAAGAGGAAUAUGGGCUGUAUCGGGAGAAGGUGUACUGCUUUGUGCAUCUGAGCAUCCAGGAGUAUCUCGCUGCUUUAUAUGUGUUUCUAUCAAACUCGUCAGCUGACCUGCUGAAGACUGCAGUGGAUCAGGCAUUAGAGAGCAAGAAUGGACACUUGGACCUCUACCUCCGCUUCCUCCUGGGCCUCUCAACAGACUCCAGUAGGACUCUGUUACAAAAACUACUGGGAGAGACAAGAAUCGGCUCACAUACCAUUAAGGAAAUGGAGCAAUACAUCCAUCCAUCCAAUGUCUGUCCCCCCGUGUCCUCGGGGCUGCUGGGGACUAAAGCUUUUCCCCAAAGCUCCAUGCCCAUGGCAUGGAAUAACCCAGGAUGGGAUGCCAGUCUAUCACAGCCUCAAUACAUCCAUCCAUCCAAUGUCUGUCACCCUGUGUGCUCAGGGCCGCUGGGGACUAAAGCUUUUCCCCAAAGCUCCAUGCCCAUGGCAUGGAAUAACCCAGGAUGGGAUGCCAGUCUAUCACAGCCUCAAUACAUCCAUCCAUCCAAUGUCUGUCACCCUGUGUGCUCAGGGCCGCUGGGGACUAAAGCUUUUCCCCAAAGCUCCAUGCCCAUGGCAUGGAAUAACCCAGGAUGGGAUGCCAGUCUAUCACAGCCUCAAUACAUCCAUCCAUCCAAUGUCUGUCACCCUGUGUGCUCAGGGCUGCUGGGGACUAAAGCUUUUCCCCAAAGCUCCAUGCCCAUGGCAUGGAAUAACCCAGGAUGGGAUGCCAGUCUAUCACAGCCUCAAUACAUCCAUCCAUCCAAUGUCUGUCACCCUGUGUGCUCAGGGCCGCUGGGGACUAAAGCUUUUCCCCAAAGCUCCAUGCCCAUGGCAUGGAAUAACCCAGGAUGGGAUGCCAGUCUAUCACAGCCUCAAUACAUCCAUCCAUCCAAUGUCUGUCACCCUGUGUGCUCAGGGCCGCUGGGGACUAAAGCUUUUCCCCAAAGCUCCGUGCCCAUGGCAUGGAAUAACCCAGGAUGGGAUGCCAGUCUAUCACAGCCUCAAUACAUCCAUCCAUCCAAUGUCUGUCACCCUGUGUGCUCAGGGCCGCUGGGGACUAAAGCUUUUCCCCAAAGCUCCGUGCCCAUGGCAUGGAAUAACCCAGGAUGGGAUGCCAGUCUAUCACAGCCUCAAUACAUCCAUCCAUCCAAUGUCUGUCACCCUGUGUGCUCAGGGCCGCUGGGGACUAAAGCUUUUCCCCAAAGCUCCAUGCCCAUGGCAUGGAAUAACCCAGGAUGGGAUGCCAGUCUAUCACAGCCUCAAUACAUCCAUCCAUCCAAUGUCUGUCACCCUGUGUGCUCAGGGCCGCUGGGGACUAAAGCUUUUCCCCAAAGCUCCAUGCCCAUGACAGGGACUGACCUAGAAUUGGGUGCCAGUCUAUCGCUGGCCGAAUACAUCAAGAAGAAAAUACAGAAGAAAUUAUCUCCGGAAAGGACCAUCAACCUGUUCCACUGUCUGGUUGAGCUGGGUGACAGUUCUCUAAUACAGGAAGUACAAAGAUACCUGAAUUCAGGGAGCCUUUCAGCAGAAGAUCUCUCACCUGCACAGUACUCAGCUCUGGCCUUUGUGAUGCUGAUGUCAGAUGAGGAGCUGGAUGUGUUUGAUAUGAAGAAAUACAUCAGAUCAGAUGAAGAGCACUGGAGGCUACUGCCUGUGGUCAAGAACUCCAGGACGGCUCUGCUGAAAAGCUGCGGGCUCACAAAUGAACACUGUGAAAUGCUGACUUCAGCUCUAAGAUCAAACUCCUCACCCCUGAGAGAGCUGGACCUGAGUGACAAUGACCUAAAGAAUAAAGGAGUGAUGCUGCUCUUUGCUGGACUGGGGGAUUCACACUGUAAACUGGGGUUACUAAGGCUGUCAAGCUGUAGAGUCACAGAAGAUGGCUGUUCUUCUCUGGCUUCAGCUCUGAGGUCAAACCCCUCACACCUGAGAGAGCUGGAUCUGAGCUACAAUGACCUGCAUGAUUCAGGAGUGAAGCUGCUCUCUGCUGUACUGGAGGAUCCCAGCUGUAAACUGGAGGCACUGAGGCUGUCAGGCUGUAGAGUCACAGAAGAAGGCUGUUCUUCCCUGGCUUCAGCUCUGAGGUCAAACCCCUCACACCUGAGAGAGCUGGACCUGAGUGACAAUGACCUGCAGGAUUCAGGAGUGAAGCUGCUCUCUGCUGUACUGGAGGAACCCAGCUGUAAACUGGAGAAGCUGAAGAUGUCAGGCUGUAGAGUCACAGAAGAAGGCUGUUCUUCCCUGGCUUCAGCUCUGAGGUCAAACCCCUCACACCUGAGAGAGCUGGACCUGAGCUACAAUCACCCAGGAGACUCAGGAGUGAAGCUGCUCUCUGCUGUACUGGAGGAUCCCAGCUGUAAACUGGAGAAGCUGAAGCUGUCAGGCUGUAGAGUCACAGAAGAAGGCUGUUCUUCCCUGGCUUCAGCUCUGAGGUCAAACCCCUCACACCUGAGAGAGCUGGAUCUGAGCUACAAUCACCCAGGAGACUCAGGAGUGAAGCUGCUCUCUGCUGUACUGGAGGAUCCCAGCUGUAAACUGGAGAAGCUGAAGGUGAACCGGUGUGAACUCACAGAGAAAUGCUGUGAGGUACUGAUUUCAGCUUUAAGAUCAAACUCCUCACCCCUGAGAGAGCUGGACUUGAGUGACAAUGACCUGCAGGAUUCAGGAGUGAAGCUGCUCUCUGCUGGACUGGGGGAUUCACACUGUAAACUGGAGAUACUGAGGCUGUCAGGCUGUAGAGUCACAGAAGAAGGCUGUUCUUCCCUGGCUUUAGCUCUGAGGUCAAACCCCUCACACCUGAGAGAGCUGGAUCUGAGCUACAAUCACCCAGGAGACUCAGGAGUGAAGCUGCUCUCUGCUGUACUGGAGGAUCCCAGCUGUAAACUGGAGAAGCUGAAUGUGGACCAUGGUGGAGAGUGCAGGACCAGACCAGGCGUACAGAGAUACUCCUGCCAGCUGACGCUGGACCCCAACACAGCAAACAGACUCCUGUCUCUGUCAGGGGGGGACAGGAAGGUGACACGGGGGGCAGAGGAGCCAUAUCCUGAUCAUCCAGAGAGAUUUGACAGCCGCCCCCAAGUUCUGUGCAGAGAGAGUCUGACUGGCCGCUGUUACUGGGAGGCUGAGUGGGAUGGAGAUGUAGCCCUGAUAGGAGUCACUUAUAAAGGGAUCAGGAGGAAAGGAGGGAGUGACUGUGUCAUUGGAUUCAAUAACAAGUCAUGGUGUCUGCGCUGUGAUCCUGACAGUUACUCUGUCUGGCACAAUAAUAAACAGACUCUCAUACCCAUAUGGCCCUCAGGCUCCCGCAGAGUAGGAGUGUAUCUGGACUGGGGGGCUGGUGCUCUGUCCUUCUACAGAGUCUCCUCUGAUGGACUGACCCCCCUGUACAGAUUCACCUGCUCAUUCACUGAGUCCCUCUAUCCAGGGUUUUAUGUUCAUAACUCCUCAGUGUCACUGUGACGUGUUGCUGGUUCUCCUGGCAAAAAGGUCAAAUCUCUGCUUUUUAACCUUUAUAAUACUUUUUACUCUCAAAUGUAUGUUUGACAAAAAUAAGUUUUUCUCUCUGACUAAAAUGUAACUAAAUAUAAUCCUGAUUGGGGGGGGGGGGCUUUCCCCCUCCCCUGUAUAUGUACAUUUUAUAUAUUUAUGCCUAUUUACUAUAUUACUGUACAAUGACAAUAAAGUCUUUCUGUUCUGU